GGAGGGAGAAGAGGGUUGCCAGCUAAGAGUCAGCACCAAGGGCGCCUGCUCUCAUGCAUGUGUCAAUGAAGAAUUCCUGCCAGACUUCCAGUACUGUCCCCGACCCUGGGCAGAAUCCCAGCUGCCCCUCCCAGAACGCUCCAUGCCACUGGAACUCAGGAGCGCAGGUCCCAAAUAAUAUUUAAAAAGCCUCUACCAUAAGAAGAGAGACUCAACCUGAGAGAAAACUCACCAGGGAAGAAAAGGUGAGCAAUGGAAGCAGAGAACUCAAAGGACUGAAACUGGGUUUGCUGAAGGGAGUGAAGGCUCCUGUCUUCCAUUUCAGUCAUGUCUUACUGGACACUAAAUACAGCACUUUGUCAGCCAGCAGUUAAGGAAAUCUAAGAGGUGGAAAUGGGGCGGGCUAGAGGGCCACAGACAGCAGCUGACCCAGACGUCCCCUCUCCCGCCCCGGGGCGAGGCUGCGCGCUGUCACUUAUUGGCCAGUAGGGUCCCGGACCUUGACCAAUCGCCUCGGGCCGGGUCGUCAUGGCGACGGGCCACGCUAACACCUGGUGGCGGAGGGAGGCCCACUUGCUGAACAGCAAGGCGCGAUGGCGCAGAACUUGUAUGGUCCGGGAGUCCGGAUAGGCAACUGGAACGAGGACGUCUACCUGGAGGAGGAGCUUAUGAAAGACUUCUUAGAGAAGAGAGACAAGGGGAAACUUCUCAUACAGAGACGUAGAAGCCUAAAACAGAAUCUUUUGAGACCGAUGCAACUUUCCAUGACUGAAGACGGUUAUAUUCAUUACGGUGACAAGGUGAUGCUUGUGAAUCCUGAUGAUCCUGACACAGAAGCUGAUGUGUUUCUGGGUGGGGACCUGAGCCUGUGUAUGACUCCAGAUGAAAUUCAGUCCCAUCUGAGAGAUGAAUUAGAGGUACCCUGUGGCCUGAGCGCAGUUCAAGCCAAGACCCCAAUUGGCAGAAACACUUUUAUCAUUUUGAGUGUACACAGAGAUGCCACUGGUCAAGUCCUUAGAUAUGGGCAGGACUUUUGCCUGGGAAUAACAGGAGGAUUUGACAACAAAAUGUUGUAUUUAUCAAGUGACCACAGGACCCUCCUCAAAUCGUCUAAGAGGUCUUGGCUCCAGGAAGUGUACCUAACAGAUGAGGUCUCCCAUAUGAACUGCUGGCAGGCUGCCUUCCCUGACCCCCAGUUACGCCUGGAAUAUGAAGGCUUCCCCGUCCUGGCAAACGCUAAAAUUCUCAUCAAUCACUGUCACACAAAUCGGGGACUCGCAGCCCACCGGCAUCUUUUCUUAAGCACCUAUUUUGGAAAGGAGGCUGAGGUUGUAGCUCACACAUACCUGGAUUCACACAGAGUUGAAAAACCAAGGAACCACUGGAUGUUGGUUACUGGGAAUCCCAGGGAUGCUUCUUCCACCAUGUUGGAUCUGCCCAAACCGCCCGCAGAGGACACUCGAGCCAUGGAGCAGGCCAUGGGCCUUGACACGCAGUAACACGCCAAGCACGUGCAUGUUUUCCCUGGUCCCGCUCUCAUAAAUGUAGCUUUAAAAGAAAUUAACAACCUUAGUCAUGCCUCAAGCUAUUUUUGAAUCAGAUGUGGAACUCUCUGAGCAUUAUAUUAAAACAAAGAUUACAUUAAGAUUAUUGAAUUUGUGGUGACAGUCUAGGGCUGAAAAAAACAGCUCUGGAGAAUAAAUAGUAUUUGAAAGUGACAAACAAUGGCCCUUUGUUGACAAACAAAUUCUGAAGAACUCAGCUUCCUCUACUUAUAUCCUUCAUUGUCUACAAGGACAAUGCAUUACUUUUCAAAGUUAUG